GGUGAAGUUCCCGGGAGCAGACAUCAGCAAGGAGAUGGACGUCGCAGGAUUAGCUCAGGGCCGCCCAGUCCUUCGUUUGACGCGUCUCUGGUGGUCACUGUUACUGUGUUUAGGCUCACGGGAAGUGUAGAUGAGGAGAAGGAAGGGUUGGGGAGGAGAAUGGAGGGAAAAAGGAAGUGUACAUUGCAGAGAAGGGGAGAUAAGACACGUGAGAAGAGAGAAAUGUGAGAGUAAAUGAUCUCGAAGGCUCACAAAAGUUUAAAUUAUAGAUUUGGUUUUUACAAAAGAAGUGAAAGAGAGAGAGAGAAAAGGAGAUACGAAAAUGGAAGAAAGAAGAAGUGGAAAAAUGCGUUCCACAAAAGGGCGCAAGAAAAUAGACAUCACCUGAAGGUAGAAGACAAAACAAAAAAAAAAAAAAUGUGACAGUAACAAUCUUGAAAGAUAAAACGUACUUCAGUGAUUGGUAGUAAAUAUGACACGAUACCUUCUGUCAUCUUUUCCACACGAUUGGCUGCCCUGACCUCGAUAACAGCGUCCGUUUGAUGGCGUUAUCUCCCAUGUACUCUCUCGAUCACCAUUAUUGUACACCCAAGUGACGGUCAGCGGAAAGAUGCAGCUAACGAUCCUCUUGCUGACUGCAAUGUUCCUGCAGCGGCCAGCAACAGCGCACCUGCACCCACACACCUUCCUCACUACGCCUGAGAUCAUACGAGCGCGCGGAUACCCAGCACAGACCCACCACGUGACGACCAGCGACGGGUAUGUCCUUCAGAUCCACCGGAUUCCUGGCGGGCGGAGCGGCGGUCAGGGCGUGGGCCUCAACGGGCUAAAUUUCGCCUCUUCAGGUAAGAACAGCAGCAGCAACAACAGAGGAAAUCAGAAAGUUGCGUUCCUUCAGCACUGUGUAUUGUGUUCCAGCGCUGAUUUUAUUAUGAACGACCCUGAUCAGUCAAUAGCGUUCAUUCUGGCAGACCUGGGUUACGACGUGUGGCUAGGAAACGCCCGGGGCAAUGUAUACAGUCGACGUCACGUUCGCCUUUCACCCAUUCAACCUGAGUUCUGGGACUACAGUAUUGACGAGAUCGCACGGUAUGAUGUUCCUGCCAUGUUGACCUAUGUGAGGAAAGUGACAGGAUCACCUACUAUUAGCUAUGUAGGGCACUCCAUGGGCACCACCGUUUUCUUCGCUAUGAUGAACUAUCAUCCACAAAUCAACAACUGGGUACGCGUGAUGGCGGCGAUGGCACCAGUGGCUUAUCUCCACAACGCGAGAAUUUUCCAAUACUAUGCGACUAUCAUUGAUGCGCUCGAGAUAAGCGUCACGCAGCUCGGAAUCGUGGAGUUCUUGAUGAACAAUCCGGGCACCUCCAAACUGAUCUCUGUUUUCUGUUCUCCGUUCUCUCCUGUUAAAGCCAUCUGCUCCGCCAUUCGCUUGUUUCUCUUCGGCCUUAAUUCUGACUAUGUGGAUAAGAAUUACCAAUCGGUUAUCUUAGCCCACAAUCCUGCAGGCAUUUCCAGCAACGUCCUAAGGCAAUACAGGCAGUUCAAUAUAUCCCGUCGGUUCCAGGCCUUCGACCACGGCGCGGCGCGGAACCAGCGCCAGUUCGGGUCGGCCUCCCCGCCGCGCUACUCCCUGGCGCGCGUCACCGCCCCCGUCGGCCUCUUCUGGUCCGACGGGGACUGGGUUGUCGAUUCCCUGGACGUGAAGCAAACGGCCUCGGAACUGUCGCGAGUCGUCCUCAACUACCGGGUUCCUUUAGGCGACUUCAACCACAACGACUUCCUGUGGGCCGAGAACGCUAAGGACCUCGUCUACGGCCAGCUGGUCAGGUUGCUGGAGGCGUACAACUGAGGCGGAAUUCCUGCGGGUAGCUUUUGAGAGUCGCUUGGAAUGCGAGAGGAGUGGAAUUAAGUUCUGAGUUGGCAGAGGUCGAGGCUAUAUUUAGAUUCAU